CCGACCCUUGCGAUGGAGGCCAAGGUCAACUUCCACGUGCGCAAGUUCCUGCGUGAGAACGAGGACAUCAAGCCGAGCGAGUCGAGCGUGCUCUCGCACCUCCUCUCGACGUACAACGAGUACUCGCGCAAGCCGCAUGGCCCGCUCAAGAAGAUGGUGCAAAAGGCGAUCGCCAAAAACACUCCAAAGUCCGAAGGCACCAAGCGCCCGCGCAGCGAAGACGACGACGACGACGACGAAAAGCAAGCUGCGGCCCUUGAAGCGUCGGCGCCGCCGCCUGUGAACCUCCUCAACAACUCGAUCACCAAGACGUACGCCGCCGAGGCCGCCAAGGCCGAGAAGGCCGAGAGCGACAAGCCCAAGAAGGCCAAGCGCACGCGCCCCGAGACGGCGGCGGUCGCCAACGACAACUUUAUCGUGUCCCGACCGACGACGCGGUACUCGGACGUCGGCGGUAUCCAAGCGAUCCUCAAGGAAGUCCAAGAGCUCAUCGAGUACCCGCUGACGCACCCCGAGAUUUACACGCACCUCGGCGUCGAGCCGCCGCGCGGGAUCCUCUUGCACGGCCCGCCGGGCACGGGCAAGACGAUGCUCGCCAAUGCCAUUGCGGGCGAGAGCGGCGCGUGCUUCCUCAAGGUGAGCGCGCCCGAGAUCGUGUCGGGCAUGUCGGGCGAGUCGGAGCAAAAGGUCCGGGACCUCUUUGACCAAGCGAUCGCGAACGCGCCGUCCAUCAUCUUUAUCGACGAGAUCGACGCGAUCACGCCCAAGCGCGAGACGUCGUCGCGCGGCAUGGAGAAGCGCAUUGUCGCGCAGCUGCUCACGAGCACGGACACGCUGAGUCUGGCCAACACCGGCGGCAAGCCCGUGCUUGUGAUCGGUGCGACCAACCGCCCGAACGAUUUGGACCAGGCACUGCGCCGCGCCGGCCGCUUUGACCGCGAAAUCUGCCUCGGGAUCCCCGACGCCGACGCCCGCGAAAAGAUUCUGUCGGUGCUCGCGUCCAAGAUGCGUCUCUCGGGCGACAUUGAUUUCAAAGACUUGGCGCGCCGGACACCGGGGUACGUGGGCGCCGACUUGGUCUCGCUCACAAAGGAAGCCGCCGUGCUGGCCGUCAACCGCGUCUUUUCGACGCUCUUGCACAAGGAGACACCGAGCGCCGGGACCGCCGAGACGUCCAUCAACGACGAGAUUCGGUCCGUGGCGCCAUUUACGCCCGAACAACUCGAGCCACUGAGCGUCAACAUGGAUGACUUUCUCCAAGCGGUCCCCAAGGUGCAGCCGAGCUCGAAGCGCGAAGGCUUUGCGACGAUUCCGGAUGUCACGUGGAACGAUGUCGGCGCGCUCGUCGAAGUCCGCGCCGAGCUCGUGCUUUCGAUUUUGCAUCCGCUCCAGCACCCCGAGCGGUUUGAGGCUCUCGGGCUCAAGAUGCCGGCGGGUGUUCUCCUGUACGGCCCGCCGGGCUGCGGCAAGACGAUGCUCGCCAAGGCGAUUGCGAACGAGAGUGGCGCCAACUUUAUUUCGGUCAAGGGCCCCGAGCUCCUCGACAAGUACGUUGGCGAGUCGGAGCGCGCGGUGCGCCAGGUGUUUGAGCGCGCCCGCGCGUCGUCGCCGUGCAUUGUGUUUUUCGACGAGCUCGACGCGUUGUGCCCGCGCCGCGGCAUGAGCGACGGCGGCAACGGCGUCAGCGAGCGCGUUGUGAACCAGCUCCUCACGGAAAUGGACGGUCUGGACGCCCGGAAGAACGUGGUCGUGAUUGCGGCGACAAACCGCCCGGACAUCAUCGACCCGGCCAUGCUCCGCCCCGGCCGCCUCGACAAGCUGCUCUACGUGCCGCUGCCGCACGCCGCCGAGCGCUUCCAGAUCCUCUCGACGUUGAGCGAGAAGUGCAAGAUGGACCCAACGCUGGAUUUGGAGGCGAUCGCGACCGACCCGCGUUGCGACAGCUUCUCGGGCGCGGAUCUCAGCGCCCUCGUGCGCGAAGCCGGUGUCGCUGUGCUUCGCGAGGCCGACAAGACGCACAUUGAGACCGGUCUCUGCAUCCAGAAGAAGCACUUUGAGUCGGCGUUCCAGACCGUCUUCCCGUCCGUCUCGCGCGCCGACCAAAAGAUCUUUGAGAAAAUGAAGAAGAAUUUGCGCAAGUCCCGCGCGACGCUCACGAGCACCGAGCCGGCGCCGGCGCCGAUCGACGACGACCAAAGCGUCACGGCCAACGAAGCCGCGGCCUUGUAAAUGGCCUCUAUUUUCUUGAUUUUAAACCGCAUAAACGACUUUUCCGUAACGCCGCAAACGCCACAA